AUGAAAGAGCCAGGAGUAAACAAUGUUGUCAAGCUCUAUUACCCGGGGGAUCCGAGUGCCAUGGAGCUCUUCUCAAGCCGAGGCAUUCACGAUGUCCAACCCAUCAGCAAGAUGAUCGGUGUGGACGAAUCACACGAUGAAGAAGACCGAAUAAAAGAGGCAAUCGCACUGGGAAAGAAGACUGUGGAACUAAGAACCCAGAUGAACCUCCGCUUCUUUAGUGCACCUAAAGAUAGGGGACAUGUACGUUGGAUCUACAAGCUAGGCGAGGAAAUCGAAAGAUUGCAAGAGAAAUUACAGCCAGCACAAUCAGAAGAUGCUGAAGAGAGUGACGGACAACAGCCACGACUUGUCUAUCAUUCGCUCUUAUCGCCCGAGAUUCCCUUCUCUGCAUUGGACCAUUUGCCAGCUGAUUCCCCAGCGAGGACGCUAAAAGAAACCAUGUUGACUCUCACGGAAGAAUGGAUAAAGCGUCUUUACGAGAUCGCCCCAUCACUCAAUGAUUCCCUUCCAACUAUUGUCAAUCCCGAAGUGCCUGGCACCACAAGAGAACCAGAUGCUGGUGAUCAUGUCAUGCGCUACGCUCUCCGUGAAUUUAUUUUAUGGCAGGCUGACGAGGAAGUCCUGCUCAAAGCGAGGAAAAUCGACAACAUCGACAAUUUUCUUCGAAUGGUACCAUGGCUCCUGCAGGAUUUGAUCAAGUUCUUCGAGUCACUGGGAAGAGCGGACACACUACACUUUAUUCGCGAUGCUGUUUGCGACUACGUAGCCUCUCGUCACAGCACACCGGAUGGAUCAUCCGUGAUAAUCCUUGGUGAGCCAGUCACCACCGAAGACAAACGACACAAAAUGACUGUUGAAGCGUGGGAUAUCCUGUACGCAUAUUUUUGGAAUGUUGUCCAUUGGUCAAACCUCGAAUCAUUCUGCGUUGACUUUGAGGAUGCCGUACUCAUCCACCAACUUAUCGCAAUGGGGAGAUAUAAGAACAUGCCCAGCGGGCGCGAAUGGGUAGAAGAAGAUCACGUCUCUCAGAAAAAUCAUUUUCCGAUUCUACACGGAUUCGUAGCGGCUACAAUGGGGUACUCGGAUCCCCCAAUUGCACCAAUUGUGGUCAACGAUGGUAUUGCUACGCAGAGAGAAUCCCGGUGUUACAUGGUUGGAAGGAUGGCCAAAAGAAACCCGUUGGCUGACCCACUAAUACAAGAGCUUGUCAACCGCGUUGCCCGAUUUAUCGUCAUUGUUUUAGAAAUGGAGGACGAUGACCGGAGCACUAGUAAAGUCUUCGCUCGCAAUGAGCAGCACGACGAUAUCCCUUGGAUUACGCGCACAAGAUCAGCAGCAAUCGGCGACGAUCUAGAUAAUGCCCCAUGGACAACUGAAUGGUCAUUCAAAAACAUCAUGUCCGAUAUAACCUUGUACGCAAAUUUGAAAGAAAGGGGUAUGAGAAAGGACUACUUCGAGUUUAUCAUCAUUGAACAAGCGCCAUCACAGGAAUUCAGAAUACUUGACGAUAUAGCAGACGCUAUAUCAUUAAUAAGUGGCGAUAUUCGACCGGAAGAAACGAUGAGAAAGAUUAUUCGAAGCUCUUUCCCAACGGAGAAACAAAGCAAAUUGCUGGAAGCCGUGAAAAUGGACGGGAAAUUUCCUCUGAACAUGAACAUUGGAGACCUCCAUUACGAAGGAAACCGACUUCGAGCGUGGGACAUUCUAGACAAAGACCCAAGCUUCCUGCGCGAUUUCCACGACAGAAAAUUAGUCACAAGAGACCGCCGUUUAAUAUACAAAAUCUUGUCCGAAAUGGAGAAAAAAGGCAUUAUUUCACGCAUGAAAAGCAAUGAACCAAGAAGUGGUCGUCUUCUUCUAUUAGACGGUACCGACGGACAGAAGGACUUGUACAUUUCCUACAUUCUCAAGCCCACCGCUGAAAACUUAUUUUUGCAACCGCGUUUAUCACUACAGCAGCUCUCCGGAUGUCUCGACUCUUUCUCACGAGCAGUCAAACAAAGGCAUCCCGAGGCAGUAUUCGCAAAGGGUAGACUUCACGUUCACUAUUGCGCAUGGCCAAUGACUCCACCGGAUGAGAUCCCAGCUUUCGCAACUGUUGAAGGCCAUCUCUACCGGUGGAAUGCUCUGCCCUUUGACCAUCCGUUUUCAUCUCACUUGUGGCAGAUACACCUCGAAAAUGUGCUUAACAAGAAGCUUGUGUUUGCGCGAUUUUUCCAGAUGACUUUCGUUGUAUCUGCUAGUCAUCCGGCCGAAGCAAAAUCAAAUUUGAAGACUUUGCUUGCAGAAACUCAUAAAUAUGGUUGGAGUAUUUCUAUACCGGAACCGCAGGAUUGGACCUCUGAUAUUGACGGCCUUGAUCUGUUGAGUUUGUGGAAAGGCAUUCAACCAUCGGCUUUUAAAUCUUGA